AUGUCGACGAAUUCCUCCGAGCGCACGGUCAACGAUGCCACCGUUGCUGCUCUGGCCACCACCCAAAACUCCCUCUCCUCAGCCAACCAUUUCGUUUCCAUAAAACUAACCUCCCGGGACUUCUUUUUUUGGCGCACCCAACUAGUUCCGUUCCUCCGUGGCCAAGGUCUCCUAGGCUACGUAGAUGGCGAUAUGCCCUGUCCACCACCCACGAUCGAAGUGCUUCCCACUGGCGACUCUGCAUCUGGAACGACGCCGGCUGUCUCCACCGCCAAUCCCGCACACGCUGUCUGGGUGCAGCAGGAUCAAAGUAUCAUAUCGCUUCUAAUUUCGUCGCUCUCAGAUGAAGUUAUGUACUUAGCGGUCGGAAGGCACACCUCGCGCGAAGUAUGGCUGUCGAUAACGACCGCACUCGGCUCAUCUUCUCGAGCCUGCUGUCUAAGCCUCCUUGGACAGUUCCAGAAUCUCCGCCAAGGCAAUCUCACAUCGGCGGAUUUUCUUGGACGUGCACAACUGCUUGUUGAAGCUCUUGCUCAGGCCGGACGCCCCAUUUCACUGGACGAACAAAACAUGUAUGUUUUCAGGGGUCUCCGUCCAGAAUUUCGGGCGCUUGCUGCGUCGCUCACGGUCACCGGCACUCCGGUAACUAUCCCGCAGCUCUCAGAUUAUUUGCAGGCGCAAGAAUUCAUGUUUUCAUAUGAUUAUCCGGCGUCGGGCAAUGGGAUCGUGGCAAGUUCUCCGGCUGCAAUGUACGAUGGACGUGGGCAGUCCGGCGGAGGUGGCUCUGGCAAUUCCCGCGGCGGUCAUGGACGAGGCAGACACGACCGAGGUCGCGGAGGCAGUGCUGGUCGUGGCCGGAAUGGUGCGCCGCGCUGUCAGAUUUGCCGGUCGCACGGGCACACCGCCGUCUACUGCUUCAAGCGGUACACUACCCAGCCUCCGGCACAAGCCAACAACAACAACAAGGAAUCCGUCACCAAGGCGAUAUUGCUUAAAGGUCCCGCUUCGGGUGGUCUGUAUAAACUCCCGGUGUCUCACAUUCAUGUUGCGUUCCUUAGCUCCCGGGCCACUCCCGGGAUGAUCAUUCCCGGUUCUGCUGGUUUUAUCCAUUAA